AUGGAGACGCGACAAAGAGCAUUAAAACCGCGUAUCUGUGAUCAAAGUGUUUGUCAGAAGGGAUGCGGUGUUCUGCUGUCCGGUCACAGCAUGGACACCGCAAAGAAGCACUCUUGCGUGGAGCCGCUCCGGGCAGUUAAACGUGCGUUGGAGGAGAGGGGCGCGGGUUUGGAGCACGCAUCCCGGAUGGCACGGCUCAGGUGGAACAGAACGGAGCAGUCCCUGGUGGCUCAGGUGGCAACGCUACAGAACGAAGCUCAGCUGGCUGCCCUUACGUACCAGCAGAGACUGCAGCGAUACCUGCUGCACAUCAGCAGCAUCGUAGAACAGAUCACUGGAUACUGCAAGAAUCAGAGUGAUUCCAGUACAGCCGCUGACAUGCAGAGCCACACAUCAGAUCAUUCAACUUUAAAACAGCUUCAGCUUCCGACUCAAAAACACCACAGGCCUCCUUUCACCUUCCAUCUCUUGCUGAAGGACCGCUCCAAGCCCUACUCCUGA